UGUAUAACCGGUAAACUUCCUGUUGUUAAGUCAGUUCAUCAUAUUCCCUUUAACCCUCUAACUCAUCUUUGAACUGAAUUUGAAACAAGUCGGGGUUGUAUUUUUAUAUACAAGGCACACAUUUUCGUCAGCUUAUCGCACCCUGAAUGUCAAACUGAUAAAGAAACAAACAGGUCGUCUAGGGCAGUUAGCAGCUAAUGCUAAUGUCGGCUAGCUUGUUGUACUUAGAGUGACAGCUGCGACACGGAGGUCCCUCCAGUCUCUGCUUCUGGCUAUUAGCAUUAGCCUGUCUGCGUUACGUCGAUAUAACAGGUAAUUAUUCUGUUUGCUGGUUAGCACCAUGGCUAGUCUGCUUCCAAUGAAGUGCGUUGCCUCACUGAGAAAACCAGGAAGCCUCAUUCAUUUAAGAAGUGCUGCUUCUCUGGGAAUCACUCAGCGAAACUACAGCAGCAAAAAGGCAGCUUCGGGCGAGUACCUGCACCAAAGUGUUGUCCCAUCUAUGCACUACCAGAAGAGUUUACCAAGGCUACCCAUACCAAAGCUGGAAGACACUGUCAGGAGGUAUCUAGCUGCCCAGAAGCCUCUGCUGGAUGAUGAAGAUUUCAGAACAACAGAGAAACUUGCCCAAGAUUUCCAGAGCGGUGUUGGGAAACAGCUGCACGAGGAGAUGAUCGCUAACGACAAAAAAAACAAACACACCAGCUACAUCUCAGGGCCGUGGUUCGACAUGUACCUCUCUGCUCGGGACUCCGUGGUGCUCAAUUCCAACCCCUUCAUGUCCUUCAACCCCGACCCUAAGACGGAGUACAACGAUCAGCUGGUGCGUUCCACCAACAUGGUGUGUUCGGCGGUGCGCUUCAUGAAGACGCUGCGGGCCGGGAUCCUGGAGCCAGAGGUUUUCCAUCUCAACCCGGCGAAGAGCGACACGGACGGCUUCAAAAGGUUCAUCCGCUGGGUCCCGUCCUCACUGUCCUGGUACGGAGCUUACAUGGUGAACGCUUACCCUCUGGACAUGUCUCAGUACUUCCGCCUCUUCAACUCAACUCGGAUCCCCAAGACGGGCAGAGAUGAGCUCUUCACGGAUGAGAAGGCAAGACAUCUGUUGGUCAUGAGGAAUGGAAACAUGUACGUGUUUGACGUUGUGGACAAGGAUGGGAAUCUGGUGGAGCCUGCAGAGAUCCAGUCCCACCUGAAGUACAUUCUGUCCGAUACAACGCCAGUGGCCGUCUUUCCUCUCGGCGUCCUGACCAGUGAGAACAGGGAUGUGUGGGCCGGGCUCAGGAACAAGCUGGUAGCUGCUGGAAACGCGGAGGAUUUACGGGUCGUCGACAGCGCCCUUUUCUGUCUCUGCCUGGACGAUGAGAGCAUGAAGGACCACAUUCACAUCUCCCACAACAUGCUGCACGGAGACGGCUGCAACCGCUGGUACGACAAGUCCUUCAGCAUCAUCCUGACCAAAGACGGACAGGCUGCUAUCAAUUUUGAACACUCCUGGGGUGACGGUGUAGCCGUGCUCCGCUUUCAGAAUGAGGUCUUCAAAGACACGACAGAGAAGCCGCUGGUCCACCCGGGCUCCGCUGCUGCUUCUGCGGUGGACUCGGCCGCCGCAGUGCGCAGACUGCAGUUCAACCUGGACAGCGAGGUGCAGCAUGGCAUCCAAAAAGCCAAGGAGAACUUCGACUCCGCCGUAUCCAAACUCACCAUCGACGCCAUGGAAUUCAAGAAAGGUGGCAAGGAGCAGCUGAAGAAGAGCAAGCUGAGUCCUGAUGCUAUAGCUCAGCUGGCUUUCCAGAUGGGUUUCCUGAGGCAGUAUGGACAGACCGUAGCCACAUACGAAUCCUGCAGCACCGCCGCUUUCAGGCAUGGCCGCACAGAGACCAUCCGACCGGCCACCACGCACACGCAGCGAUGUGCACACGCCUUCGUCUGCGAGCCAAGGCAACACAGUGUGGAACAGCUGCAGGGCCUGCUCAGUGAAUGCUCCAAAUAUCACGGGCAGCUCACCAGAGAGGCAGCAAUGGGCCAAGGCUUUGACCGCCACCUGUUUGCUAUGAAGUACUUGGCUAACUCCCAGAAUCAGGCUCUGCACAGCCUGUACACUGACCCCGCCUACACCGCCAUCAACCACAACAUCCUGUCCACCUCCACCCUCACCAGCCCCGCUGUGAACCUGGGCGGCUUCGCUCCGGUGGUGCCCGACGGCUUCGGCGUUGGAUACGGUGUCCAUGACGACUGGAUCGGCUGUAAUGUGUCCAGCUACCCGGAUCGCAACGUGCACGAUUUCCUGGAGUGCGUCCACAAGUCCUUAGAGGACAUUUUCACUGUGCUGGAGGGAAAGGCACUCUAAGAUGCAGGUGUAAAAGAUGCAUAUUUUAUUGGAACAGUGAAGGGAAGUGAUGUCAUCAUUCUCAGAAUAAAACAUGCAAAAAUUAGAUUCAAAUUAUAUUUUAUACACCACAAAAAAAAGGAGAAUCAGAGCUUAUAUAUUCUAGAAAUUUAAAGUAUAUGAAUAUUGGUUAGGACUUUGGGUGUUAAUGUUACUGUAGAUUUUGAACAAUUGAUCAAAACUUAUGUGAUGGGAAACACACGUUUCCGGUGUCAUGACACACAUAAUGACCACAUCAAUGGACAUGAAAAUUAUUUGAGAAAUGGAAAGAAUUUGCUAGCUUUCCACUUUAAGUGGUUCAAAGCACUGGCUUCCUGUGACCAUCUGUGUAUUAUGCAUUCUGAGAGCAAUGUACUGUAGCAUCAUGCUCACUGUUGUUGUUUGUUCUAGUGUAACAUAAUCCAGUAGCAGAGGACACCAUUAAGAAUGCCGGUCCUGUUAUUCAUGCAGUGAGGGUUUAAGAGGUAGAACUUCCAACCGAGCAUGGAGUCCUUUUCUGUGCCUUAUCAUAAUGUGAAUAUAAAACACUGCAGAUUGUCACUCUAAUAACUUCUAUUUAAAGCCAUGCAUGUUGUGAUUUAUAGCCUUACUGAUGUGUUGCAAUGUUUUUGGAAAUUAAAAUGUAUUGUAUUAGA